AUGGAGCAUUUAUUUCCUGGUUUCGUCCGCGUUCUACGGAACCUGGAUGAUGCUAAUGGCUUGCUCGCGACCUUUCAAGAAUUUGAAAACAACCCCUCGGCUCUUAGUGCAGAGGAUCGCAUUCGGCUCCUCGAUUUUCCUGACCUUGCAACCCAAGUCGCAAACAUUGCUGCCACAGCUUCAACAACCUUGAAUAAGCAGGACUUCUUAAAGAAGGGUGCCGAGUCACCCAGAGAUCUAACUUCCUCCGAGAUUGCUUUGUUGAAGAGUCGCUACUGGGGAAAACUUACCUUCGAUGAAAGCGUGGCAUUUGAGGAUGCUCUGGGUACAUUGUCCGAUGUCUCCUAUGGGCACCGCACGGAAACCUUGGAACGCAUGCAGAAUUUCCAGAGUCAUCUCUACGAGCAGUAUGAAGCCAAGGCAAUCGAAAAUGCGUCUGAUGAAGAGGUUCGACGAAUUGAAGAAAGGCUCGAAGCUCGGAAACAAAAGGACGUGGAGAAAAUGUUGCAAAAAGGGCAGCCCUGGCUGCGUCAGCUAUGGCAAGAAGAUCAGGAUAAAAGGCCGUGGGGUUAUGCGAUAUUUGAGAAUCCUCAAUGGAAGGCAGAGAAUCCCGAUCGCUGGGAACAGUAUAAUCGAAAGUUGUCGCAUUCAAUGCACAUGGCUUUUAGCGCGAUAGCCUCCGGUUUCACGAUCCAAUCGAGAUACUGUGUUGAGCGUCUAGAUUGGCCUCCCGAGACGCCUACUGAAGACGAAAAGUUUCCUAUGAUCUUGAGCGAAUUACGGAAGCAGUUCAAUUAUCUCCGAUCGUACCCUCCAAAAAGGAAAUAUCAGGGGCUCACAGAGGGGACUCUGCGGAAUGUUUUUCUAUAUCUAGAUGGCGAUUCUGCAGCAUCUGUUCUGGAAAACCGGUUAGCAAAUGAUUUUUGGAUCUGGGCUGUCGACCCAGACUACGUGGAAGACACUGAAAACCAAAGCUCCAGUGGAUAUCAAGGUUAUCUGCGCGUUCGUCUUCAGCAGCUUAUUCACAAUUUUUACGUCGCCCGGCGUUGGCAUACCGAUACGGUCUCCCUGAAAGACUUGUGGAAGGCAGCGCAGAAGGAUCCUCACAAUGGCUCGUUUGUUUCAUUGAAAGAUGAGGAAAUAUUUUCUCAAGACUCAACUUGGGAAGUUGCAGCCGCCCUUCGAACACCAUUUGCAAGAUAG